AUGCCGUUCCUCGCUCAGCUGCAGCCCAUCGUUGCCAUCCUCGGAGAAGGCAGCAUCCUCAGGAAUGCUCAAGCCUCAGCCUUAUCAUGGCACCACGUCCUUCCGCGCCUGAUCCCUGCUCCGCAGGCGCUCCUCAAGCACGAGCAGACUGGAAGGCUUCCGACGCAGACAGGCAUCGUAAGCGGAAUCUAUUCGGGAAACUUCCGUCACGAGCUGAAUUUCUUCACUCGCCUACUUCACCCGGGUGAGCUCAAAAAGUUCCAAAUCGAGGUGGUUGAGGUUUGCAGAAAUGAAGAGUACAACAACAGGAAAGACUUUAUCUUCGGCGUCAACGACUAUGGCGUGCUUCACGCGCUCUCUUGCCUUGGUUGUCUAAUGUCAUGCUUUGCUUCUCGCUGGAGGCUCAACUUCAAAGAGGAGAACCCCCGGAACCCAGAGGAUGUCAUACCAGAUGGAGAUGUCGUCAUCUACUACCCUGGUCCAGGAGCCUUUCGAGUGAUCCGAUGCAAUGAAGUCGUAUCUCGUCUUUGUUUCCUGGCAGAAGAAUGUGAAUACCUGCUUAAUGACAACUGGUAUCGCACGCUCGCCAUGGCUGGCUCGGUGACACUCAUUUUUGGUCUAAUUUGCUUGGGAAACGCGCAUAUCAUUUUGCAGAUCAGCUUCGCUACUGCAUACAUCAUCCUGAACGCUCUCUAUUGGGCUUCCUCAGCGUAUCAUGAGAGACACCAUUGGUCCCAUGCGUACAAGGUCAAUCCUAUCGAGAUGCACCUCCCUACGCGCAAGGGGACUAACCUCCACGAUGUCGAGAUAUCCCAACAAGGCCCAGUCAACAGUCCUGUCUCGCCUUCGCGGAAAUCGACGGUGCUGUUGGAGGCCAACGGCCCUCAGCCUCCCAAGCGGAGGCUGAGUCUGGCGAACCUCCGUAAAAUCAGCAGUUUGACCAUUUCAAGGAGGCAAGCUGAGGCGGUGGACAAGGUGAAGCUGCCCGAGUCCCUGGAGAGUUUCACUGACAUUUUGUGGAUCGCCAUUGCAUUGACGCGAAACACUCGGUGGUUGUGA